AUGGGACAAAAGUCCGCAGAGAUCCAAGAGACGAGCUUUGGCAUCGACAACGAUGCCUUCGUCGGUGAUCAAGAUGCGAUUGCCGUGGACGCCGAUGGCAAGCCAAAGUCACAAGCAGUUUCGACAAAAGAGCUCUUUCGAUUUUGUGGUAAAAGAGAGAAGAACCUCAUCUUAUUCGGUACAAUUGGCGCGAUUUUGCAUGGAGCCGCGCUGCCGGUUAUGAUUAUUUUUUACGGACAAAUGACGGAGAAUUUCGUACAGUGGAACAUUUGUGAUGAGUUAACAACUGUCCAAACUUGUUUUUAUAACCAAACCGCUAUUGAUUUUGAUGAAGAACGCAAAGACUUACCAUAUUCAAAUGCAACGGAUUAUUGCUAUAACAGAGAAAAAACUUUCGACAAUAAACCUUUCGACGAAAAUGAUGAAGAUGAGCUAUCGAGAAGGGAUGUCUACCGAUCUGGUUGCCAGAAACAAGAAUGGAUUGAUUGGGUAACGAAGUGCAACUACUGUGGGGCUGAACCUGAUGAAGAUGAUCCAACAAGCAGCUAUGUUAAAAAAUAUUUUUCAUGCCAAAGAGUUUAUCUUGGAAACGAAGAUGUUCCUCCACCGUUUGAUAAAGCAUUUAUGGACUCUCCACCUGAAGGAGAAACUCGAACAACAAACAUUCCACCUCCACCUGAUAAUAAAACCGUAUUUCCACUUACUUGCCCGACUUUGACAGGUUCAAAUGUCGCAAAAGUUGGAAAGAUAAUGUUCGAUAAUAGUUCAUUUUGUUCUCAUUACGACGCAUGGAAUUCAGCAGAAAGCUUUUACGCUUGUGGCCCAAAACAGGUUGAAGACGCCGUUGCGAUCGAGAGCGGAGCGAACUACGACGGCGUCGAAUAUUCAAUUCUCAAGGAAGUUGCUCUAAUUUGCGGAAUCUUCGCCAUCAUCGCCUGCUGUACCGUUGCUGCUGGUUAUGUGCAAGUUAUGUGCUACACUCGUGUUGCUACAUACCAAGUUCAUCUUCUUCGACAAAAGUUCUUCAAAGCAAUCAUGCGAAUGGAAAUCGGAUGGUUUGACAAAAAUGCUGCUGGAACAUUAAAUGCUAUGUUGGCUGAUGACGUCACGAAAGUCUCUGAUGGCAUGGGUGAUAAAUUUGCCAUUUUGCUUCAGAAAAUUUCCUGCUUCAUUUUUGGAAUUGUAUUUGCUCUACUUCAAGGGUGGCAGUUGGCCUUGGUAAUUAUGUGUGUAUUACCUUUUAUUGUCCUCGGAGCUGGUUUCCUCUCUCGCGCUGUUUCUCAAAUGACUGAAAAAGAACUCAAAGCUUAUGGAAAAGCUGGAGCCGUGGCUGAAGAGGUUCUCAACGCUAUCAGAACAGUCAACUCCUUCCAUGGACAGGACAAAGAAACAGAAAGAUACGACAACAAUCUCGGUGCAGCGCAGGAUCAAGGAAUUCGAAAAGGAAUGGUCAAUGGUAUCUUCCUUGGUUAUUCUUGGUGCAUCAUCUUCAUUUCUUUUGCCAUCGCAUUCUCGACCGGUGCGCUCGUAUUUGAUUACUCUGCGGAUAAGAUCACUGCUGUCUUUUACUCGAUUCUUAUGGGUGCCCUUCAACUUUCUCAAGCAGCUCCUAACAUUGAAGCAAUUGGUGUCGCGAAAGGUGCGGCUGGCCCUAUUUUCAAAAUCAUUGACAGAAGAUCCAAAAUUGAUCCAUUUUCUAAGGAAGGAAAGAAAAUUCCAGCUGCGAAUUUCAAGGGCACAAUUGAGUUCAAAGGCGUAACUUUUGCCUAUCCUACUAGACCCGAUGAUAACAUUUGCAAAAAUCUGAAUAUCAAAUUCGAGACUGGAAAAACGACCGCUAUUGUUGGUCCCUCUGGUAUGGGUAAAUCUACUGUGGUUCAGCUAAUCGAACGAUUUUACGAUCCUCAACAAGGUGAAAUCACUGUCGAUGGUGUUAACCUCAAAGAACUCAAUAUUGGUUGGUGGAGAGACACUAUUGGAGUCGUCGAACAAGAACCACCACUUUUCAACACAACUAUUUACGAAAACAUUAAAUACGGUAAACCAGAUGCUACUGAGGCCGAAAUCUUUGAAGCUGCGAAAGCAGCCAAUGCAUAUAACUUUAUCAUGGACUUGCCCCAGAAUUUCCACACAAAUGUUGGCGAUCGUGGCAAUCAACUCUCUGGCGGCCAAAAACAGCGUGUCGCAGUUGCUCGUGCACUUAUUCGAAAUCCAAAGAUCUUGCUUUUUGAUCAGGCUACUUCCGCACUUGAUACAGAGUCUGAAGCUAUUGUAUUGAACGGUAUCUCCAAAUACAGAGCUGGAAGAACUACAAUCAUCAUCGCUCAUCGAUUGUCGACCAUCAAGGCCGCUGAUGUCAUCAACGGAAUGGAGCAUGGAACUGUUGUUGAAAGCGGUACGCACGACGAACUUAUGAAAAAGACUGGUGUUUACUUUUCGCUUGUUACUCUGCAGUCCCAAGAUAAGAAGAAAGAUGCCGAAGUUGCCAAAAAGGGCAUGGCAGAGAGCAACGAAAAGGCUAAAGUGGAAGAAAUGUCUAGAAAAGACUCUGUCAGAAGAUCAAAGAGAAAUUCAAGAGCCAACUCCCGUGCGUCCCGGGCUUCAAUGCCAAUGGAUCUUGGUUCCUCGGCUGUUGUCGCGAAAGAUGCAUUUUCAGAAGUUGAUGAAUUUGAUGAAGAUAACUUGCCUCCAACAAAUAACAUGCGAAUUCUUAAGCUAUCUGCUCCCGACUGGCCACAGCUACUUUGUGGUUCUAUAGCUGCUACGAUUAACGGUGCUGUCUUGCCUAUUUGUGCUCUCGUCAUUUCUUACAUUCUUGGAUUCCUUGGUGAACCAGAUGUAAAAACAAAAACGGAUGGUAUCAAGAGUGCUUGUUUCUUCUUCCUUGGCUUGGCUGGUGUGAAUCUUGUUUCUCAAUUUUUGCAAGGGUACAUGUUCGGCUACUCCGGCGAGCGUCUUACAAGGAAGAUGCGAAAAGACGGCUUUCACGCAAUCCUUCGACAAGAUAUCGCUUUCUUUGAUGACCCAAGAAAUAACACGUCCGCUCUUGCCACCAAGCUUCAAUCUGAUGCUGGUAUGGUCCAAGCGGCUGCUGGUGGACAACUGGGUAUUCUGUUCAGUUGUUUAGCGACCGUUGUGAUUUCUCUUUUCAUCGCCUUCGUGAACUACUGGCUUUUGGCAAUUGUUGUUCUCGCCUUCUUCCCUCUUACAGCUUUCACAGGAAUGAUUCAGGGUAAAAUCUGGUCAGGUCAGGCACUCACAGACGGUGACGCGCUCAAUGAAGCUGGAAAGAUGGUCUCAGAAGCUGUAGAAAUGAUCAGAACCGUUGCUUCCUUCAACCGGGAACAGAUGUUCGACGAUCGCUACAACAAAGAAAUUGAAGCUCCUCUUCAUGCUGGUUUGAAACGAUCUCACACUUAUGGACUUAUGUACGGUGUCUCGCAAUCUGUCCUUUUCUUCGCUUUCUCGUGUACAUUUGCUUUCGGUGCUUAUCUCGUUGGUGGACAUGAGCUUGGAUACGAACAAGUUUUCCGAAUCUUCUCCGCAAUUAUCUUCGGUGGUAACCAGCUUGGUCGAGCAGCUUCCUCCGCUCCUGACUUUGCUAAAGCGAAAGACUCCGCGGCAAGAAUCUUCCGACUUCUCGAUCGAAUUCCAGCGUACGCUGACCCUUAUGAUACAAAAGGUGAAACCUGGAACUUCAAGGGCGACAUCCACUUCAAGAAUCUUCAGUUUACUUACCCUACUCGAAAGGAUAUCCAAGUUCUCAACGGACUUGAUGUUUCCAUCAAAGCAGGUCAGACACUGGCGCUUGUCGGUCAAUCCGGAUGUGGUAAAUCAACUUGUAUGCAGCUCAUUCAACGAUACUACGAUACGAAUGGCGGCCAAGUGCUCGUUGAUGGGCAUGAUACCACUAAAACGAACACCAAGUUUCUACGAUCCAACAUUGGUAUUGUCGCUCAAGAACCAACUCUAUUUGAUGCAACUAUCGGCGAGAAUAUUCGCUAUGGCGCUCUUCACAGGAAUUUGACGGACGAGGAAGUCAUUCAAGCUUCGAAAACAGCUUCUCUUCAUGAUUUCGUCAAGGACUUGCCUAUGGGAUACGAUACACCAACUGGUGGUGGAGGAGGAAAUCAACUUUCUCGCGGUCAGAAACAAAGAAUUGCCAUCGCCCGAGCUAUUAUUCGACAGCCCAAGAUUCUUCUUCUUGAUGAAGCUACUUCUGCACUUGACACAGAGGCCGAAAAAGUCGUCCAAGCCGCGCUGGAUCGAGCUCGAGAAGGAAGAACUUGUAUCGUCAUUGCUCAUAGAUUGUCCACUAUCCGCUCUGCUGACAAAAUCGCUGUCGUCAAUAAAGGUCAACUAGUUGAAGCUGGAACUCACGAUGAGCUGAUGGAACUCCAAGGCGCCUACUACAAACUCAUCACCAUGAAUGUUACGCUGUCUUAA